CCUAGCACUCGUUUACUGCAAACGCCCAUUCCGGAAUCGCAGAAAAUGGAAGUUGAUGGAGCGGACGACGAUGGAGGCGGUUGCUACGAUGACUUUGAUACGGCAGCGAGCAUGCAUCUACCAGUUCCUGAACAAGAAGUCCAACGACCUUCCCGAGCAGAGCAACGACGGAUUGAAAAGAAACCAUGGGAAGAGGCUGACGACGACGAAGAUGACCCCACGGAAAAGCACGUGAUGGAUCCAUUUGUGAAUUCUAAGUGGAAGACAAAAUCUGUCGAUAAAAUCAAACGUUUUGUCAAAGGAACUACGAUAGCUGCAAGACUGGAGAAAGUGGAGAAGGCGACAAUGACGUUACAGAAGCAGACCAUGCAGACCAAUGAUUACGUCAGAGAACAUUUCUAUAUGCGCAAAAAACACAAAGCCACCGAUAAGGCCGAUGAUUGGCAAUCAGAUGCUCUAUAUCGGUUUAUCAUUGCUGUUAUGAAGAGAAGGGCAGAGGCAAAGCGGGAACGGAAAGCGAGGGCUAAGCGUUUACCGGAAGAUGAUGCUGCCGAUGCUUGUGAUGACGAUGACAUCGAACAAGAGUUGGAAAACAAAGAGAAUAUCCCGCCGAAGGAUGUUGCAGGAGAGACAUGUACCGCAGAAACAACAGGAAAGGAAAAGGACAAUGUCACAAUGGCUGUACAGAGUCAAAAAAGUGCUUACGUGGAGCAACUCCACUUUGGCGAUAUCCAAGACGAUGACUUGCAGAACUCGAUAGAGCUUGAUUCUCUUUAUGGAGGGUUUCAACCAGGUGAGAGUCAAGGUGCACAUGAUGAUCAUUCUCAUCAAUCAAAGAAGCACAGGCUUUUGGCCAUCCUUCGUGAGCACAUGUUGAAGUUUUGGUCUACUACCGAGGAGGUAACUUCUGAGCUGGUGACCCGCGUUCAGGAAUGGGAGGAUACCAUGAUGCCUAUACUUGAAGAAGAAGAAACUAGAAAAGAAUUCGACAUACAUGAGUACGGCAAUGAGCUGUUGUCCAUGUUCAAAGAAGUCGGAGAAGUGAAGACUAUGGAUGAACUGAUGGAUGGCAGAAGACGUUACGAAAUUAGUCGAUACUUCCUUGCCUGCCUGAUGAUGGUUAACACUUAUAAUGUUAAAGUUGACUACGAAGAAGGAUUGGAUGAUCAAGGGCAAAUGAAGAACAUUAUGAGAGUGACUUUACUCAAGCGUGGAAGACAUCAUGAAGUCUUUGAUAGAGAAGGAGCUUUGUGA